AUGAAGUGUUGGGCAAACAUUAAUCUUUUCGCCAUAGCGGCGGUAUUGCUGCUUCAUGGAUCGUUUUGCGUUUAUGCGGCAGCCGAUUCCAGUGUGAAGUCCAUUUUCCUCUUCAAGGACGUCCUGCAGUCGAACACAACGGCUCUCAAGACUUGUGGGUUUGAAAGCCUAGUCAUCUUCCGGAUUGGUGUCCUCGACAACGGUGAUCUGGUCUACUACUCAACUGGAGAUGCUGGCGAGGCAGUCGACGCUCCCGUCGCAACCAACGGCACAUACAUCGGCGGAACAGCGCUAGCCGACAAGAUCCAAUCCUUCAAGACUGGCACAACGAACAUCAACAGGGUGGAAAUUUCGCUAGUGUCACACGACACGACGUUCCAGAACAUCCGCGACUUGGUCAACGCAGACGGGACGGGCCCCGACGCGGUCUUGUACAGGAACUUUGAAACCUUAAAGACCGAGUGGGACCUCGACGCUUUCAACAACGAUGACGAGGGGGUCUAUGAUAUUUCGAGCACAGUCAAGUUCGCUCAGCUGCUCGGCACGAUCGGGUACCAGUAUUCCAUUGCGCCGUACACCAACAGCGGCUUCUGGGCGAGUGUCAAGCGUCAGAUUGACGCUGCGGUUCCCGGCUUAUUCGACCGUGUAUAUUUGCAGGUUUACGACGGCGGAGCUGGCAACAACCCAGGGACGUGGCAAAAUACCCUUGGAACCAAGGUUGUCCCCCUUGUGUGGGUGAUCAACGAUGCGAAGCCAUCGCAAGGCGUUACGGCGGCGCAGGCUCAGCAACGAUUCCAGAGCUGGUCCUCGCAGUACACUGUUGCUGGGGGUGGAUACUGGAAUGACUACGACAUUGAGAAGAUGGAUUCGUCGUAUGUAGGACAAUAG